AUGAAUGGAACUAAAGACGCUGAUGGGCGACUUUCACCUCACAACAUAGAGCAGAAGAUGCUCGAAAAUGUGAGGAAUUGGGAGGCAGUCACCAGAUACGCUGAACAGAUACUGCGUAGGGAUGAGAUGGUUAAACGGGUCACGGAGAAGGUGGACACACCCACUUAUUGCAGACAUUCAGACGUUGAAAGGCAGAAGGAACAGGGAUGUGAACUUCUAUCCCAGAUACUAUCGGGCCAUGAAUAUUUUAAGAAGUACCUACAUCGAAUGGGUAAUUUUACAUAUAACACGUACGUGUACGAGGCGGAAGAAGUCGAAGACGACGCCAAACAUACGUUCUUUGAUGGCAGUCACUGGGCUUGGCGACGCAGGGAACUAGAAACGCUAAUUGGCGACUUUUUCCCCGAUAACAUAGAACAGAAGAUGCUCGAAAAUGUAAAGAAUUGGCAGGCAGUAACCAGAUACGCUGAACAGAUACUGCGUAGAAAAAAGAUGGCCCUUGGCGCAACGGCGCACUGUGGGAUGGAAAAAAAAUAA